GUUCUAUUUUUCUAUUUUUCAAAUAUUUCCUCAACAAAUAUAGUUAUUUUAUCAUAUGAUAGAUGAAUAAUUAAAGCCGUGUGCGCCGUUGAUCGAUUUUCUGCCCUAAAAAGCUAAUAAACAGCGCACGCGACAAAGAAAAUGAGAGUGCGCGCAGACUAAACCCUCCCUUGACAUGACACGCACGUUAUAAAUUAUGCACACAGUAGGGUGCGCGCAGUUGCUUGUUCGGUUUGUGCCUGUGCGGCGUGUCUGCCUCUAUAUGUGUCCCCCCAGCGACGCUAUCAUCGUAGUUUACUGCUUUCAUUGAGAACGAAGGAGAAAGUAACAAAAAAAGUGCGCCCAAGGAGGGGCAGCAGAGGAUUGAUCAACAACUGUUAGUUUCGUUCGAGCCGCACUGGUUUCACGCCUAAAUACUCAUGGUCAGCUACGAACUGUUUGAGAAUCCGACAAGUGGUAUAAAGUGGCCGUUGCGAACGCAUCGUCAACCAAACGUGAGCAAUCGUGCUAUCAAGCAAAGCAAAUAAGUUGCCUGCCCCGCGUGCCUUGUUCGUCUUGCGCGCGACUCUCCUAGCUCUCCUACUGCGUCAGAUAUUUGCACGGGGAAGAGGCUGUAUAUUCUCAGCUUCUGCAUGAGAAUAGGCGAGAGCAAACGAGAUGAAAUUAUUGGACCUGACUGCCAAUCCCGACUCAGAAUACUCACAUUUUUUCGUAUGAGAAAAGCUUACUGAAUGAGCAUCCAGUCGGUUUUACGCCUUCACAGAAUAUUCGCGCGUCUCCUAACCUCUAAAAUUUUGCUCUACUUGAUCCUUUUGUGGUCGUAAACAAGCACGCUAUUUACUACGUUCCUACUCUUAUUCGGCGCUCAAGAAACCUUAGAAAUGAGCAGUAAUACUUGAUUCCAAAAGAGGGACAGAAAAAAUUCGAUUUACGUGGCAUCAAAGUUGAAGCAGUGGCAGUGAAGACCAGAGGUCUCCCUAGUUUCUUUAUCCCCACUUUAUGGAAUCGCCAACAAACCCGGGUGACGCAUGCAUGUACGGAAACGAUAGACCACAGCCAUCUAACACUUUCAACUUCACCCGUCGUCUACGAGUCUGCUGCAAGACUUUGGGAAUAUACGUGAACAACCGGUAUUGAACUGAAAACGAAAAAACGUAGCGCAGUGUCGAGUAGAUAGCGGACGAUAUAGAGCUCUUACAGCUUUAAACAUCAAUUGUCGUCAAUUAUACUUCAUUGUGUUUAAUUAUCAAAAGAAAGUCGCUAUUUCAGUGAGCCGUAUCCAUCUGAAAAUAUCAAAGUCGGAACAUAAAGAUAUUACCGCCAGUGUAAAGAGUGCAUAACAGGUGCAUCUGUCUGACUGUGUUUGAUUUUUUCUGUCUGAUCAAGGUUGCUGUUUCUUUGUUGCAACGUAUCAUGAAUCUGCGGAAUGGAUUAUAUAACAAACUGGAUCAGUGACCCCUACAGACCCAAUAAAUCAAGACUAUGACAACUCUAGAAUGUAAUCAGAGUAUCGAUGAGGUGGUGCGGCGAAGGUGGUUAACGCGGCUUCGACUUCUGGAGAUGAUUGAAAGUGUUUCUCGUCGUGCGCUGAGUGGCUCCAGUGGGAGCUACCACGUUCGCGGUGCAGAACUGGCGCGUGAUCGUAGGCUCAAAACCCUUGCAGCCACUGUCGUCUUUUUGGACGAUACGCAGCACACAUUUCAGCUUGAAAAGCGGUCUAAAGGUCAGGCGCUCUUGGACUUGGUCUUUCAACAUCUAGAACUCGUCGAGAAAGACUAUUUUGGUCUCCAAUAUGCCGAAAACACUUCAGGUUUAACAAGCUGCUCUAGUCCCGAUGUUAUGAGAUGGCUCGAUCCCUCGAAACUGGUUAAAAAGCAAAUAAGAAGCAAAGGAGGUCAGUUCUUUUUCAGGGUCAAGUUCUAUGUGUCAGAUCCGAGUAAAUUACAAGAAGAAUACACAAGGUACCAGUUCUACUUGCAAAUACGAAAAGAUAUUUUACAAGGAAAACUACAAUUGCCUCCAAGUACUGCUUGUCUCAUUGCCAGCUACACUGUCCAAUCGGAACUUGGUGACUACAAUUCCGAAGAACAUGCAGCUGGCUACUUGUCUCGUUUACAAUUAAUACCCGGACAAACGGAAGAAAUGGAGAAGAAAAUUUCUGAGUUACAUAAAUUACACAAAGGUCAAUUACCAUCCGAUGCAGAAUUCAACUUUCUUGAUCAUGCUAAACGACUUGACAUGUACGGCGUGGAAUUACAUAAGGCAAGGGAUUCUGUGAAUAAAGAAAUUCAAUUAGGCGUUACGUCCACAGGAUUAGUAGUCUUUGAAAACAACAUUAGAAUCAAUGUUUUUUCUUGGUCAAAGAUCAUCAAGAUUUCGUUCAAAAGAAAACAGUUUUUUAUUCAAUUAAGACGAGAGCAGUCGGAAAACUAUGAUACUUUAUUGGGUUUCAAUAUGCAAACUUAUCGCAGCUCGAAAAAUUUGUGGAAAUCAUGCGUAGAGCAUCACACUUUCUUUAGGUUACAUAGUCCCAAGUUACGACCCCGUCGUUUUCCGCUGGCACUUAGCAGCAGAUUUACGUACUCGGGUCGUACUGAAUUCCAAUCUGUUGAGGAUGGCAAACAUCGAGCUCGGGUGGAAAGGACUUUCAUUAGAUCACCGAGUAAAAAAUUAAUCCACGGAAUUUUGCCGUUGCCCAUUUCUGAUGAGAAAAAGUUACUUCAUGCAAUCUUGCCUGGUUCUGAAGAUAAAGGAAAAAUUUUACCGCCCAGUCGAUCCAAUAGAUCAUACGAUAAUAAAGUACAAUCGCUUGGAUCACGCGAACCUCGUCAAGCGUGGGGUGAGGGAAAUCAAAGUGAUGACGAGGGUGGAUUCCUAGCACACAGAGAGGAAGGAACGCAUUCUCAUAAUUCAGGAAGCGCAUUUUCACCUAGAUUAGGUUCUCGAGCCAUAAGUUAUGCCGACGAGGAUAGUACUUUGGAAAGAAACAUUUACGAUGUACCUGACUAUAAUGAGCAAACCGGUUCGACUACUCCACAAGCGUCUGAUGACGGUUUGGUGUCAAUAAGGAUAACGCCGGAUGACCAAGGUCGCUUCGGAUUUAACGUUAAAGGAGGCUUAGACCUUGAUAUGCCAAUAUUGGUUUCUCGAGUCGCGCCAAAUACACCUGCUGAUCGUUGUUAUCCGAAACUGAACGAAGGUGACCAAGUGGUUUACAUUAACGGGAUUGAUGUUAACGGCAUGUUACACGAGCACGUAGUUAAUUUAAUUCGACAAUCAAGAGACACAGGUGCUGGCGAGCUUACGUUGACUGUGAGACCUAACGCUUUGUAUAAUGCUUUAACAGGCACAGAUGAACCGUUAGAGGAAGAACCACCUUACAGGUAUGUGCCGGAUGUACCUCACACUGCGGUCGGUUCAGAUGCUCUUGCACAAUCUAUGUUACUGUUAGCGGAUGGUUUAGCGAGUGGAGCUUUAAUUGCUCAAUACGAGCAAUUGUAUAGAAAAAAUCCAGAGCUUUCGUCUCUUGAAUCAAAAAAGCCCGAGAAUCAAAAUAAAAACAGAUACCGAGAUAUAUCUCCGUAUGAUGUUACGCGAGUCAUACUCAUGGGUUGUACAAAUGGAGAUUACAUAAAUGCAAAUUAUGUAAAUAUGGAAAUUCCUGGUUCAGGGAUUAUAAAUCGUUAUAUUGCCACUCAAGGGCCUUUGUCAUCGACGGUUGCGGAUUUUUGGGAAAUGGUUUUGGAAGCUGGUAGUACGCUAGUUGUAAUGCUGACAACUUUGAUAGAAAGGGGACGCACCAAAUGUCAUCAGUAUUGGCCUGGACUGGAAGAAACACUUACUCUUAGAAACCUUACGCUGCAAUGUACCUCCGAGACGAUCAAGGAUACUUUUGUUUUCCGUGAAUUCGUGCUCACAGAUACAAUUACUGGAGAGGAGAGAGAUAUAAGCCACAUGCAGUAUUGCGCAUGGCCAGAUCACGGAGUACCAAGUGACUGGCGACAAUUCACAACAUUCACGGAAAAAGUCAGAGCAGCUCGUACAGGAAGUGUGGAGCCCGCAGUUGUCCAUUGUUCAGCGGGAAUUGGUCGGACCGGUGUACUCGUGCUCAUGGAAACGGCAUUGUGUCUCAUUGAAGCCAAUCAGCCUGUGUAUCCUUUAGAUAUCGUUCGCUCGAUGAGGGACCAACGAGCGAUGAUGAUUCAAAAUGCUAGUCAAUAUAGAUUUGUUUGUGAAGCUGUCCACAAAGCAUACACUGAAGGCAUCGUUAAGCCGCUCCCAGAGUUCAGCAGAUGAGAUGAAGAUUAAAAAGUGAUAUAGCGUCCUCACGUUGCUGUACGAUUCUCGUUUGAUGUUUCUAUUCAAAUGAGGAUGAAAUACAUAUAAAACGGCAGCUUAUAGAUUUUAUAAGUCUUGACAAUAAUACUUGUUGCAUAUUUUAUAUGUAAUAGAUCAUUAUAAUUAUUGUGGAUAUUUUAAAAACUGCUGAGAUAUUACAAGUAGCCUUAGAAAUUUUAUCCUCAUAAGUGAUACGUGAUAAAAUAUUUGAAAGGAACGUAAGUUCUUGUAAAUACGAUUAUUCACUAUUUUACAAGAGAAGACAUUCACAUUAUUACCAUUCAUUUAUUGUCGUGAUAUGCGUAGAGUAAAUAAUCAGUUGUAAAAACUAAUAGUAUUUAGCACGUCAAACAAAUUAUUGUUCUGAUACAGAAUAGUGUUAAAUAAGACAAGAAUCAAGAAAUGAUGCAACUGGUUUCGAUUAGAGUUUAUAAGAGUGAUAUAAUGAAGAAUAUUUUUACCUUUGAAAUAGAAAGAUUAAUAAAAAAUAUUUAACAAGAAAUCUUGGCUGUAAGUGUCAUAUUUAUACGUUAAAGAUGUAUAUACGCGAUUAAUUAAAAAGAGUUUGAACUAGUAAGAUCAUCAUACUAGUAAGCCCAUACAUGCGGUAUUUUCGUAUAAAUUUAUCCGAUAUAAUGAGUGCUGUAAUGCGUCUUCUGCUAUUUCAAAAGCUCAUCAUACAUUAGACAAAAACUAGUUUCCAAAGUGUUUAUUUCGAUUAAUGUGUAAAUUCGUAUUUAACUCAUUUGUAAAUUUAUACACUUGUGUAUUUUUCGUAAUAGCUUAUAUAAUUAUUAUAAAAAUAAUGCGGAUAAUGAUUUACUAAAAAAUAAAUUGCUCGUACAAAAGAUAGUUUUUUUUGUAAAAAAUAUUUAUUGAAAGAGGUCAAUUAAAAAUGUAAAAGAAUAAAAUAUU